AUGUUUUCAAGUGGAUUCGGAGGAUUUAAUUUUGGAUUUGGUGGUGGAAGUAGAGGAAGCUAUGAUAAUGAUUAAUUUGAUUAAGAAGAUAGUUAAAAUAAUUAAGAACAGAAAAGUGUUGAUACUCAAGAACUUUAUAAUAUUAUUGGAAUAGAUAAGAAGGCAGAUAUUAAUGAAAUAAGAAAAUAAUUCAAAAAAUCUUGUAUAAAAGGAGAUUAUCGUCAUCCCGACAAAGGUGGUGAUCCUGAAAAAGUAAUAAAAAAUAAUUAAAUAAAAAAACCUAAUAUAAUAAAAAAAAAAAUCCAAAAUAAUAAAAAAAAGUUCAAAAAACUAAACGAAGCUUACGAAAUAUUAACAAAUCCGGAAAAAAGAGAUGUUUACGAUAAAUAUGGUUUGGAAGGUUUGAAAGAAGGAGGAGGUAGUUAAGCAAAUAAUCCUUUUGAUCUUUUAAGUAAUUUAUUUGGAGGUGGCGGAAGCAGAGCUUAAGCACAAAGGAAAGCAAAAACAAAAGAACAUACUGUAGAAUUGACAUUAGAUGAUGUAUAUAAAGGUAAAUACUUAAAAACAUCAUUUAAAAGAUUAAGAACUUGUGAAAAAUGUGAAGGAAAAGGAGGUGUAAAUGCAAAAACAUGCAUAAAAUGUAAAGGAUAAAAAAUUGUUAUUAAAAUGGUAAGAUUAGGACCUAAUACUUAUUCUUAAACUUAAUAAUAUUGUGACGAAUGUGAAGGAAAAGGAACUACUAUGAAAGAAGAAGAUUAAUGUAAAACUUGCAAAGGUUAAAAAAUAGUUGAAAAUUUAAAAGAAUUAGAGGUCCCUGUUGAACCUGGUGUUCCUCAUGAAUACUCUUAUAAAUUUGUUGGAGAAGCUGAUGAAGCACCUGGAAUUUAAGCUGGUGAUUUAUAUGUGAAAAUUGUUAUUAAAAAACAUAAAUUAUUUGAAAGAGUAGGCGCCGAUCUAUAUAUAAACAAAUCUAUUACACUAUUAGAAGCUCUAAGCGGAUUUUUUAUUGAAAUUGAGCAUUUGGAUGGUAGUAAACUUAAGAUUGCUUCACCUCCAGGAUAUUAUAUUACUAAUGGAUAAAUUAGAACUAUAAAAGGUAAAGGAAUGCCGUUUUUCAAAGAUGCUUUUUCAUAUGGAAAUUUAUAUAUUAGAUUUAAAGUUGAAUUUCCUAAAACUAAAGAAUUCAAACCUGAUAUGGUUAAUUAAUUAAAGUAAGUUUUAACUGGAAACAAAAAAUAAGAGAAUAUCGAGAAAGGCAAAAAAUUAGAGUAUAUGUAAAAUUAUUAAGUUUCUGAUUUAAAUCCUAAUCCAAAAGGAGGAAAAAAUUAAGAAUAGGAUGAUAGUGAAAAUGAUAGACAUGAUAGAAGAGGACAUACUUAAAAUCUAUAAUGCGCAUAAUAAUGA